AUGAAGCAUAGAUUCUUCUUCUACUUUGAACAGAUGUUAUCCAAGAGUGCCGUGAUCAUAGUGCUCUUCUUUUACCAGUUGAUGACAUGGUCAAUGACAGAAAGUUUUUCUCCUCAGGAGGCCUACAAACAACUUGUUGAGUUUGUCAAAUCGCCCGAUAAGCCGAAAGGAAUUCCCUUCUCCGAACGUAUCCCGUCACCGAAAUGUCUGAAUGAUCGAAUUGCCAUUGUUGGUGCUGGUCCGUCUGGGAUACAUAUGGCUUAUUUAUUGAAGAAAAAAGGUUUUCAAAAUGUUGUAGUGUUUGAGAAAAACGAAGGCAUUGGUGAAAAUUCCUGUACCGUAAUGCUUCGCGAUACUCUACCUGACAUGAACACUUGCUAUGUCCAACCUGAUGUUGGGAACAAUGUGAUUGAACUUGCGCGUAAAUUUGGACUACUGGAAUCAGCGAAGUUGUCUUUCUUCAACGCUCCAUUGGAUCAACUCUCCACUUCCGUUAACUAUUCAUCAUACACCCUUACCGAAGCAAUGAAAUUAAAUGAUCCAAAAAUUGCUGUCCAAAAGCUUUUCGCGGCUAUAACAGACUACAUUCAUUUGCAUCGCGAAUUGUUUGGUAAAUACGAUGGAGCACUGAUGAGAAAACCUCCUCCAAAAGUGAUGAAGAUACUUAACUGUACAUUUCUGGAAUUCAUCGAAAAAUAUGGCCUCACAUUACUCAAACCCCUACUGGUCAUGUCAAAGACAGGAGGUUAUGGUUAUGUGGAUGAUGUAUCUGCUCUAUAUGGUCUAAUGUGGAACACACCCAACCGUUUGAUAGGGUGUGCAGCUGGUAUAUUUGAGAAAAAAGCAUCAUCCUAUCCAAUUGAAAGCGGUCUCCAGAAACUAUGGGAGACUCUGAAAACGUCUCAGAAGAUUGACGUGCGUUUCACUGUUAAGAUCAGUCAAAUAGUUCGAAGAAAUGAUAAAGUACUCAUCAAAUUCUCAACAAGUAAAAAAUGGGAAGAAUUUGAUUUCCUGAUUUGGACAUCAAGUUUAUUUUCAAAUCUGCAUUUAAUCGAAGCAAGAGAACUGGAUAAACGUAUCUUCUCUAAAUCUACAUUGCCCUGGUCUACGAUCAUGUUGGACGAAUCUUUGCAUGGCCACCUCGACGACGAAGCCUCUAACAUCUGGUUAACUGCCACUGAAAAGAAACAUGAACCAACCUGUGAAGAUGGAUCCCGUUCUGGAGGAACAGAUGGUAGUUGCACUCGAUCAGGAACGACAAAUCAGCACAUAAAAGAAAAAACUGAUGAACCCACACUCAGUGAAAUAUUUCAAAAGCAUUUCACAGGAAUGAAUGCGUCGGAGAUCGAAGAAAUUCAGAGGAAAAUGUGCACACACUUCCUAAGAUUCUCACCGCAGGAUAUGGCAGCUGGCAUUCUUUGGGAUAUAUUUGAUAUUCAAGGGACUAAGCGAACAUGGUUUGCAGGUUCGUCGGUUGUUCUUGAUUCUGCGCAAAGUGUUCUUGAAUACAACAUACAGUUAGUGUCAAAAAUGACAGAAAGUUUUUAUUGCUGA